AUGACUAUCGCCGAGAAACUUCAAGAAGAUACAGACCUCUCACAGUUUCUUGCGCUAUUGGAUCGGAAUAUGGUGGCCAAUAUGAGCUUACAAUACCGGCAGCUGACUAUAUUUGCACCUACUAACGAAGCAUUUCAGAGAUAUAACGGUGAAAUGGAUGACAACCUGGUGCUAUAUCACAUAUCUAAUCUUGCAACGACACUUAACAAUUUAGACUACUCUAUUUCGUCAGAACUAGAUGGGAAUCCUCCACUUUGGGUGACAAGACGGCGAGAUACUAUGCACGAUGACAUAUACGUCAACAAUGCGAAAGUACUUAUUACUAGGUCCUAUCAAGCUGUUAACAAAAACGGUAAAUUACAGGUUUUACACGUAAUAGAUCAAGUUCUUCAGCCUCUACAACCACACGGUCCAAUUUCUACAAGCACACCUGUCUAUAACCCAAAUGCGUAUCAAUUUUUAGAACAUUCUGAUGUAUUUAAUAUUGGUCAGCACAGAUUAAGGUCUUUUCGGCAAAAAGUAUAUCAACUUCAAAAGAAAGAAGUUUUCAACGCUGACGGAAGGCACACAUUUUUCAUUCCCGUGGAUGAAGGAUUCAAGCCAACAGCCAGGUCUGAUUUUAUAGAUGAAAAAGUCAUAGAUGGCCAUGUUAUACCCCAUCAUGUAUUAUUUACUAAAGCAACGCCCGAUAGUCAAGAAUUCGAAAGUAUGGCCUUUAGUGAUAACGUAAAAGUUAUAAUUUCAUUUAGCACUGCUGUAAAUGGCCAAGAAGAGAUUACAUAUGUCAAAUCUAACACGGUGGCUGGUGACACGAAACACAGUCGCGGCGUGGUACUUGCUGAUAUUGUGAGAGCUAACAUACCAGUGAAGAACGGCGUCGUUCACCUCAUACAAAGACCUCUGAUGGUGGUUGAUACGUCAGUGAUUGAUUUCCUAAAGGCAAUGAAGGGUAUUGAAAAAGAUGAUGGUCCACUUUGCAAGUUCUACGAGGUGAUAAUGGACUUAGGUGAAAAUAAUCAGUUCCUGAAUGAGCUAACUUUGGCAAAGGAUAUAACUUUGUUCGCACCUUCUAAUGAAGCUUGGGACGAGAUCACUGUGCAAAAUCUUAUCAGAAAUCAACAGAAGCUUAAGGAAAUAUUAAACUUGCAUUUAGUGAGGGAGAGGUUACCGCUUGAUGCCAUCAUUCACAAUAAUAUGAAUCAGCUUCCUGGAUCUAUAUAUCAAGCACCGACAGCCGCUCCACGCAAGUAUCUUUACUUCAAUGUAAUAAAUACUAAUUCGAAUCAGACAUUAACCGUAGAAGGCGGUGGAGUAAAUGCUACAGUCACGCAACCCAACAUAGCAGCUACAAAUGGAUUUGUACAUAUAAUCGACAGAGUUCUAGGAGUCCCUUACACGACUGUAUUUGAAAAGUUAAAGACGGACCCUAUGCUCAACAUAACAUACAAUCUCGGCAAGCGUCAAAUGUUUAAUCAUCAAUUAAAUGAAAUGGAACAUAGAUAUACUUAUUUUGUACCACGAGACCACGCUUGGCUUAAGUUCCAAAUAAGGCACCCCUCAGCAUAUAAAGCACUUUUUAGAGAUGACUUUGGUUAUUACACAAAGCAGAUUUUAGAACGUCACGUAAUUCGAGCUGGUAGGGCUUAUACCGUAUCGGAUUUAAAACUCCUGGCGAACGAAACUCAUCCCAUUAUUCUUCCAACCACCAGAGAUCCUCUUAAAUUGCGCGUCAAAGAAUCAGACAAAAAUUACUACGUGGAGUGGAAUGGACACUGGAUUCACGUGUUUAGACCAGAUGUGGAAUGCACUAACGGUAUCAUUCACGUAAUAGAUGAACCCUUUGUUUUGGAAAGUGAUAUACGUGCUACAGGUAGAGCCGAAAAUACACGUCUAGCAUAUACAUAUUUCUUACUAAUGGUGUCCUACGGCUUCGUAAGAAUUUUAGGAAAUUAA